ACCGUUUUUAUAUUUCACACACCUCGGUAUCAGAUGAGUUGGCGCACGGAAAACAGAUUCUGGAUCAGAGCUUCAACGAUCAAUCCAGUAUAGCGUUUCAUACCACAUGUCGUCAACCAGUAAUAUUCUCGCCCAAUUAGAUGCCCUUGAUUUAGCUUCGUAGUACGAAUUGUUUCCAUUCUGAAUAUUUCAUUUUGCACACCCGGCGUGCAGAAUAAGCUAAAUCGAGUGCACAGUCACAUACUAAUCAAAAUGGUCAUAGCACUGACUGAAUACUGCGCCCAUUGACUGGAAAUCUUAAUGUUCUUUUCUUAAUUUAGUUACUCAAACAUUAUAUUAACCCUAUUAUAACAUUGUACUAUGCUUGUUAAUAACGGCAUAUCUGUUACUGCUCUCGUGUAAUAAACGAUCCGUUUUUCUGUCUAUGAUCUCAUCUCUGUCUGGAUGAUAGGAGGGGAGGGGAGAGAGGAGCGACAUCAAUAGAUUACACAUAACACUCUUUCGUAAUUUGACGGUUCUCUUGUUGCUGCCUUCGCAAGUGAUCAUCUGAAAUGGCAACCAGCGUAAAGAGGCCGUCCCUAGGUCCGGUCCCUCCCCCCAGGAAGAAGUCCGGCCCCAAGUCAGAGCUCACUGAGGAGCUGAAACAGGAGAUCAGAGAGGCCUUUGAACUGUUCGACACCGACGCCUCCGGACACAUUGAAGUCAAGGAGCUAAAGGUUGCUAUGAGGGCGCUGGGGUUUGAGCCGAAGAAAGAGGAGAUUAAGAGGAUGAUAACGGAGGCGGAUAAGGACGGAACAGGAAAGAUCUCCUUCUCUGAUUUUCUCACUGUCAUGACUCAGAAGAUGGCUGAGAAGGAUUCUAAGGAGGAGAUCCUGAAAGCAUUCCGUCUGUUUGAUGAUGAUGAGACGGGGAAGAUCUCCUUCAGGAACCUGAAGAGGGUCGCUAAGGAACUGGGAGAGAACCUGACUGAUGAGGAACUGCAGGAGAUGAUCGAGGAGGCAGACAGGGAUGGAGACGGAGAGGUGAACCAGGGAGAGUUCCUCCGCAUCAUGAAGAAGACCAGCCUGUACUGAGACUAGACCAGGGUGUUGUGGGGUUAGAAGACCAGCCUGUACCCCUUCAACACCCCACCUCCUCUACCCCUAGUAAUCUCCUCUACCCCUAGUAAAUCUCCUCUACCCCUAGUAAAUCUCCUCUACCCCUAGUCACCUCCUCUACCCCUAGUCACCUCCUCUACCCCUAGUCACCUCCUCCAACAGCCCACCUCCUCCCCUAGUCACCUCCUCUACCCCUAGUCAACUCCUCUACCCCUAGUCACCUCCUCUACCCCUAGUCACCUCCUCCAACAGCCCACCUCCUCCCCUAGUCACCUCCUCUACCCCUAGUCACCUCCUCCAACAGCCCACCUCCUUCCCUAGUCACCUCCUCCCCUAGUCACCUCCUCUACCCCUAGUCACCUCCUCUACCCCUAGUCACCUCCUCCAACAGCCCACCUCCUCUAACCCUAGUCACCUCCUCUACCCCUAGUCACCUCUACCCCUAGUCACCUCCUCUACCCCUAGUCACCUCCUCUACCCCUAAUCAUCUCCUCCAACAGCCCACCUCCUCCCCUAGUCACCUCCUCUACCCCUAGUCACCUCCUCUACCCCUAGUCACCUCCUCUACCCCUAGUCACCUCCUCCAACAGCCCACCUCCUCUACCCCUAGUCACCUCCUCUAACCCUAGUCACCUCCUCCAACAGCCCACCUCAUCUACCCCUAGUCAUCUCCUCCCCUCCAACAGCCCACCUCCUCUACCCCUAGUCACCUCCUCCAACAGCCCACCUCCUCUACCCCUAGUCACCUCCUCUACCCCUAGUCACCUCCUCCAACAGCCCACCUCCUCUACCCCUAGUCAUCUCCUCCCCUCCAACAGCCCACCUCCUCUACCCCUAGUCACCUCCUCUACCCCUAGUCACCUCCUCCAACAGCCCACCUCCUCUACCCCUAGUCAUCUCCUCCCCUCCAACAGCCCACCUCCUCUACCCCUAGUCAUCUCCUCCCCUCCAACAGCCCACCUCCUCUACCCCUAGUCACCUCCUCCUCCCCUAGUCACCUCCUCCCCUAGUCACCUCCUCCAACAGCCCACCUCCUCCCCUAGUCACCACCUCCUCCCCUAGUCACCUCCUCCUCACCUAGUCACCUCCUCCUCCCCUAGUCACCUCCUCCUCCCCUAGUCACCUCCUCCUCCCCUAGUCACCUCCUCCACCCCUAGUCACCUCCUCCACCCCUAGUCACCUCCUCCACCCCUAGUCACCUCCUCCUCCCCUAGUCACCUCCUCCCCUACAUCUAUUUGAACUGUAACGUAAGGUGAACGUUGUGACUGUAUUUUUCUUAUUCGUAUUGUUGUAUUUUUGUCUCUUUGAAUUAUCUACAGUAAGAACUCCUGUAUUGAAUGUUUUGUACAUAUAAACUGCAUGUGUAGAUAUAUAUAUAUAUAUAUUGAAGAUAUUAAUUAAUG